GUGGGAGUUCUCACUUCAAAUUUUAUAUAAGAGCUUACCAAACCGAAAAGAUUGUCGCACACUUUCACAGUGUUUUUUUUUUCUCUCUUCUCCCUCUUUGUUUUUAAGAAAAGAGAGAAAAGAAAUAAAAUGGCCUGUGCUCCCAACGUCGCGCACCAGUUUAAUCUGUCGUGCUUGCAGCCGCCAAAAGAUGGGGGUUUAUCCAUUAACACCAUUCUCACCAAUGGCAAUGGCGGCGGCUGCGGCAAUACCGAGAAUAGUUCCACCAUCAUCUCUAAUGGUCAUCUCAGUGUUUCCAAGGACAAGGCUGUUACUAGCAAUGGGCAUGCUAAUGGUGGGCACAAGGACAAGGAAGUGGGGAUCAAUGCCCAUGUUGAGUUUCUUAACAUGGAGAAGGAUGUGACCAGUAAUGGCCAUGCUAUCAAUGGUAUUGUUAACCAGGAGAAGGAUGUCACUAGCAAUGGUCAUGUUAAUUGUGGGCACAAGGACAAGGAAGUGGGCAUCAAUGCCCAUGUUGAGUUUCUUAACAUGGAGAAGGAUGUGAUCAGUAAUGGCCAUGGUAUUAAUGGUAUUGUUAGCCAGGAGAAGGAUGUCACUAGCAAUGGUCAUGUUAAUGGUGGGUACAAGGACAAGGAAGUGGGUGUCAAUGCCCAUGUUGAGUUUCUUAACAUGGAGAAAGAUGUGACCAGUAAUGGCCAUGGUAUUGUUAACCAGAAGGAUGUGAGCAGUAAGGUUCUUGUUAUAGGAGCUACUGGUUUUAUUGGCCGUUUUGUUGCAGAGGCUAGUGUUAAGUCAGGGCGGAUCACUUAUGCUCUGGUGAGGCCUACCAGUGCCAAGAAGAAGCUUGUUCAGGAAUUGAGCGACUUUGGUGUUCAUAUUCUUCAUGGGUGCCUAGAGGAUUACAAUUCUCUAGUGAAAGCGGUAAGGCAAGUGGACAUUGUUAUAUCUACCGUUGGUGGGCCCCAGAUUCUUAGCCAGCACAAACUCAUAGACGCCAUUAAGGAAGUGGGUUCUUCCGUUAAGAGGUUUCUUCCUUCUGAAUUCGGGCACGAUGUAGACCAUGCAGACCCAGAGGAGCCUGCCCUUACUUUCUACAAAGAGAAGAGAAAAAUCCGUCGUUCUGUGGAAGAAGCCAUGAUUCCUUAUACAUACAUCUGCUGUAACUCCAUUGCAGGCUGGCCUUAUUAUUACCACACACAUCCCACUGAGAUCCCACCUCCCUCUGACCGCUUUGAAAUCUAUGGAGAUGGCAAUGUGAAAGCAUAUUUUGUGGCUGGCGAAGACAUUGGUGCAUACACCAUGCAAGCUGUUGACGACCCAAGAACACUGAACAAGUCUCUGCAUUUCAGACCACCCCUGAAUUUUCUGACAUUAAAUGAGAUGGCCAGCAUUUGGGAAGGAAAGAUUCAGAAGACCCUGCCAAGGGUAGUUAUUACCGAAGAGGAUCUUCUGGUGAUAGCCAAAGCUAACAAAAUGCCUUCAAGUAUUGUGGCUGCGCUCACCCAUGAUAUCUUCAUCAAUGGCUGCCAAUACAAGUUCUCAAUUCAAGAGCCACACGACGUAGAAGCCUGUGAGCUCUAUCCUGCCAUAAAUUACACUACAAUUGAAGAUUUUUUCAACCAGUACCUUUGAACAGCCAGACAAACGGGCAGUACAUUCUGAUUCAAUUAUUAAAAUAAGAAGAAAACCGUGAAUUCAAUGUAUUAUUAGGGAAGUUUAUGUAUUAAUCUUCUUUCUCUUCGCUCUUCUUGGUAUGCGUUUGAAAGUACCGCCAGUUAUAGUGGUGGUAAAAAUGUAGUGGCAGUCUAAUCGACUACUGUCCAUUGUGAACACCAUGGAUUCAUCGAUGUGACUUCGAUUUUUUAAAUAACGAAAAUAGAGAAAUCUAGUUUUACUCCA